AUGCCUUGCAUUGACGUUUGGCUCUUCUUCUUUCCGUGUGCGACCUGCUGUGAUGCCCGCGCGAUGCCUCACCGCCCUGAAACCCAGAGUCGGGACGUGAAUUACUCUUCUCUGGGAACGUUUCCAAUGCCGCACUGGAAGUGUAAACAUUGCAGGGGCUUUGCUUAUGCACACCGAAUGGCAUUGCAGAGUCGCAUCGCAUAUUCUUGGGCGGCUCAAUUUCGUGAUAGAUUUGCGUGUGUCGUAGCUUGCGCUGCCUAUUCCCUGUAG